UGGGCGAGGCUUGCUGGGCGAGGCUUGCUGGGCGAGGAAGGGUUGCAGGCCUUGGUAGUCGGGGAGGCGGAUGAGCGGGGGCCGCGGGGCUGGGAUUCGAGCCGAGCUGAGAGUCAAGCAGCCGUUAGUGGUCAGGGCACUUGGACGGCAGGUUCGACGGGGACUGGCGCUUGAAGACCACGGCUGAGGCGGAUUCUCGGGAGGUGCUGCCGGCGCGCGGGGAUGGGCCGCAAGCGCAGAGAGACCUAGGGGCGGGCGAGACCGGUCUUGGCCUGUGGCUCCAGGCUCGCCCGGGUCAGUUGAAGUUCCGGGCUUUUUGUUUUCUCCAAAGAUCCGAGCGUGCGCGUCUGUAUGAAGCACCGCAGAGACCGCUGUGUCCUGUGUGCAGUAGCAUCACCCAGAAGCAAUCCUUGCUUGGAGGCCAGGCGGGCUGCCACCGAUUGCUCUUAUGACAGGUGCUUGGUUGGCUUGUCCUGUCAGUUAGGCAGUCCUAUUAUCUUAAGCUAGAGCCAGAUCAAGGACAGUCACCUGGGGUUCCUCAGGGAUGCGUGCCUUAAGGACUCGUAGAUAUUAGAAGCAAGCAAACCCUGGGUUGCAUCAGUCUUUCUGGUCCCCAGUCUUGUCCCUUGCUGCGGCUUUGCGUAAGGUCUAGGCCCUGGUUUUCCAUUCUGUUGUAGGCUGAGGACUGUAGCGUAGUUCUGAGGGUAAGGUGUUUUGCCCAUAGGAAGUGGCAGUCCUAUUAUCUUAAGCUAGAAUCAUUCAGGCUCAGGGUCUUUUGUAUGCGGCUUUCUCGGCUGGAACGCUUUAGCAGUUUUGGCUUGGUUCUUUGUGGAUCUCGUGAAUUUAAGACCAUUUAAGAAUGGUUUCUCAGUGAAGAGGAGGUACCCGAAUAGAAGACAAGGACCACAGAGGGUGGCUGUCUGCCCAGUCCAGCACCAUGCACACACUUGUGUUCCUCAGCACGCGUCAGGUCCUUCAGUGCCAGCCAGCUGCAUGCCAGGCCCUGCCCCUGCUGCCCCGGGAACUCUUCCCUCUGCUCUUCAAGGUGGCCUUCAUGGACAAGAAGACGCUCGUGCUGCGUGAGCUGGUGCACACGUGGCCCUUUCCCCUGCUCAGCUUCCAGCAGCUUCUGCAGGAGUGUGCCCACUGCAGUCGAGCCCUGCUGCAGGAGCGGCUCAGCACAGAAAGCAUGCAGGCUGUGAUCCUGGGGCUGACGGCUCGGAUUCACACUCAAGAAACAGAGGCUGGCACGCAGCCCUUGUGCAGGAAGCAUGCAUUGCGGGUUCUGGACAUGACGGGUCUCCUGGAUGAUGGUGUGGAGCAGGAUCCUGAAACCAUGAGCAUGUGGGACUGUACAGCCGCUGUAGCCAGAACGUGCAUUGCCCAGCAGCAGGGUGGGACUGCCGAGCCAGGGCUGUCACCAGUCCCCGUGGAAAUCCGAGUAGACCUUCGGGUAAACCGGGCCUCAUACACAUUCCUUCGUGAGGCCCUCCAAAGCAGUGUGGCCAGCCCGCUGCGGCUGUGCUGCCGGGACCUGCGGGCUGAGGAUCUACCCAUGCGUAACACUGUGGCCCUGCUACAGCUUUUAGAUGCAGGCUGUCUGCGCCGGAUAGACCUGCGCUUCAAUAACCUGGGCUUGCGUGGCCUGUCUGUCAUUAUCCCACAUGUGGCCCGCUUUCAGCACUUAGCUAGCCUGAGACUGCACUACGUGCAUGGGGACUCAAGACAGCCUUCCGUGGACGGGGAGGACAACUUUCGCUACUUUCUGGCCCAGAUGGGCCGGUUUUUGUGUCUUCGGGAGCUCAGCAUGGGGUCUUCUCUCCUUUCAGGCAGGCUGCAUCAGCUGCUCAGCACCCUGCAGAGGCCCCUGGAAAGCCUAGAGCUGGCCUUCUGUGCGCUCUUGCCUGAGGAUCUACGCUUCCUGGCUCAGAGCUCUCAUGCUGCCCACCUCAAAAAGUUGGAUUUGAGUGGCAAUGACCUGUCAGGCAACCAGUUGACACCCUUCCAGGGUCUGCUGCAGGCAGUAGCCACCACACUGCUGCAUCUUGAGCUGACUGAGUGCCAGCUUGCUGAUGCCCAGCUGUUGGCUACGCUGCCCACCCUCACUCGAUGUGCCAGUCUCCGCUACCUUGGUCUCUAUGGCAACCCUUUGUCUAUGGCAGGACUUAAAGAACUACUUCGGGACUCUGUGGUACAGGCUGAGCUACGUACUGUGGUACACCCUUUCCCUGUGGACUGCUAUGAGGGUCUUCCUUGGCCACCACCUGCCUCUGUUCUUCUGGAAGCCUCCAUCAAUGAGGAGAAGUUUGCCCGGGUGGAAGCUGAGUUACACCAACUGCUGUUAGCUUCAGGCCGUGCCCAUGUGCUCUGGACCACAGACAUCUAUGGCCGGCUGGCUGCAGACUAUUUUAGCCUCUGAUCUCCAGGGUCGUAGUGAAGCCUGACACAAAGGUCUUAGGUUUUCUGCAGUUUGCCUUUCUCCCGGGUAUACCUUGAGUCACUUCUGCUUUCUGCAGUAUCCUUCACCUGCUCCCAGUAUCUGGCAGCCUGUUGCUAUCUCAGGCCUGUGCACCCCUGUUCUGUUUGAUGUACUUGUUGGCUCUGUUGGGUUGUAGUCUCUCUGUAGAAAACACUUCCUGGACACAUCCCAUGCCCUUAGCAGGCAUGCAGUGCACUGAGGUAGAUGUCAGGGUGAUCUGCUUCAGGACAUUUUGGGGUCUUACAUUGUGUACCUUGCCUGGCACCCUAUUACCUGGCUCUGGAGGGUGUGUGUAAGGUACAAACGUGCAGUAUCUGGAAUGUGAAUUUAUGGGCUUUUUUGAUGUGUGUCCUAAUUGGAUGGGAAAGACUUACCUGCAUUUCUUUUUUUUUUU